GGAAAAGUUUGGGACGCAGGGAUUCCUUUUUGUUUACAUCCAGAUCCUUUGCUUCCAGCUCGUACGCUGUGGGGCGGGCGGGAUCCACCCUCAUUCCUUCGAGCUUACGUCAUUGUUACUGUGUUUUUUGUGAAUGAAAGAAUCCAACCCCACCGAACAGAGUAAUUCCGGGAAAAGGCGGACUGACAUUUUGUCGCUUAACUUGCUUCGACUGAACACAAUAUUUGACGUUUCUCCGUGUUUUAAAGUAUUUAUUUAUACAAUUGUGUCGACAACUCAAAGACUGGCAGCUGGUACUCUCCAACGACAUAGCUAAGGACAAGUAAGUAGGCAGCUGUUUGCUUUUCGGGUUAGCCACCUAGCUAGCAUUGGCUAAUCCGUGUUGUUGGCUAAUGCUACUAGCAUGUUGUUUAGCUAGCCUUGCAAAAUUGCUACAAUUUGGCAACAAUGAUACGACCACAUAUUCACUAUUUACAUAUCUCAGAUGCGUGUCAGGAAUUGUUCUCGAUAUUUUGUGUUUUGUAUAACAUUGUGUAGGUUCUCAUUUUUAAAGAUUAAAAGGAGCUAUUUAAAUGUUGCUAAAAAAAAUGGAUGGCGACCUGCGCAGUUGCGAUGGCCGUGUGUUUACUAUCGCAUUGAGCUAGCAUGGCGGACCUAGCUCGCCAGCUCCCUUCCGUAUAAGGAAAUGGGUGGAUUUUUAUUGACAAUUAAAUGUUCACUUAGGCACAAAUCUUACAUUUCCAUCUGUUAAUGAAAGUUAGCUUAUGAAACAACAAUAUCAUUUGAAAGGUAAAUAUAGCUUUGUGUUUCUACUUCUCAGCUAAUUUUGUCUUGAAACGUCAAGCUGGUCGACAUCUAAAGUCAGAACUGUAUUGUGUUAUAACACUAUUAGGCACAAAAUACUGAUUUAAAUACAGAAUUUGGGAGACUGGUAUCGUUCAAUAUUUAGUGAGCUUUUAUUGACAACAUACAUGUUGUACGAGAGAGUAUAGUCGCCCGUCAGACACUAGCGGUGGGCAGCUUAUUGCUGAAUCACUAUGACUUUAUGAAAUGGUUACAUCGGUUUACAACGGCGCCUCGUGGUAGGACAGGCGUUUUUAAGUGUAAGGUCACUUCCCACGCAUUUCGGGAAACGGUAACGUCAAGGAUCCACCAUAAACUUACCAGAGCCUUUAUUUAGAACAAUAAUUAUAAUCAGGUCUAGACGACAAUGUUAGAGCUGAGUCAUCAUUCUAUUUUACAUCUAGCCAUUUCUUGUUGUGAUCUCUUUCCUUCUCCUACUUGGGUGAAGGGGAUUUUAUUGUUAAUGAUUAUGACAACACAUGAGGAUAUCCUACAUCAAAGACAAGAAUAACUUAUAAAGUAACACUCAAAACAUAGCUGCCACUUGUCCUGAAUAGAUAAAAUAUUAAAAUGUAAAAGAGAUCCUCCAAAUACCAAGUUUCACAUGCAAGAGUCCAACCCAGCCAGUGGAGGCUCCUCAUAGGAGGAAGGGGAGGACCAUCCUCCUCAGUGAAUUUCAAGAAAAUAAAGGGAACCAUAAAAAAAGUUAUCCUUUUUAGAUAAAACUAUACUAAAUAUAUUCACAUGUAACCAAAUACCUGAUUAAAACACACUGUUUUGCAAUGAAGGUCUACAGUUACCACAACAGCACUCUGUAGGGUAGCACCAUGGUGUAGCCGGAGGACAGCUAGCUUCUGUCCUCUUCUGGGUACAUUGACUUCAACACACAACCUAGAAGGCUUGAGGUUCUCACCCCCUUCCAUAGACUUACACAGUAAUUAUGACAACUUCUGGACCGAUCAGAGCUCUUGCAGCAUGAACUGGCAUGUUGUCCACCCAAUCAAAAGAUCAGAGAAUUAAUCUAGUGCUGAAAGCAUAAGCUACAGCUAGCUAGCACUGCAGUGCAUAAAAUGUGAGUAGUUGACUGAAAGAGAGAGAAAGACAAUAGUUGAACAGUUUUUAACAAAUUAAUUUCUUCCAAAAUUAAGAAGUGAGAAAGGUUGUGUGUUUUUUUUUUUUUUUUUACCUUCACUUAGCAAGCGAAUGCAGCUCGCUAGUUUUAGCCUACUCAAACACCCGGCUCAAACAGAGGGAGAUGCUAUGUUAGCUAGCUGGCUAUCCAACACUGGAACUCUUCCAAGUCAAGGUAAGCUUUUGGUUUGAUUAAUGUAUUGCCACAGGGGCCCACCGGUGUAACUGCUAAACUGCUUUCUGACUGUACACUGUACUGCAUGAUUGUAGCAGGUUUACUAACGCAUCAGUUCUAGUAGCUAUGUUGACUAUGAGGCUAUAAUAUGGUGACAACGAUGUAGGCUGUGUGUAGCGGUUAGCGGUCAUGGUAUGAAGGUUUGGCUUGGAAAGGUUUUUUGUGCCUGGUCAUAGACAGCUGAUGUGUUGUGCACUGAAGUCCACCAGAGAAGGGAAAAGGUGAGAGGAGGAGAGCACGUAGAUAGUUGCAAGAAGGAAUCAUAUAUACAAUGAGCAAAGGGAUCAUGCUGUUUGUAUGUGGCUGCUAUGAAAGUGAACUCUGUUUGCGUGUGAUCAUGUGUGUAUUCAACGUUUCUUAAAUGGAAGCGAACUGAAUGAAACAGGUAUAAAAAAUAGCUGAAUUUGUCAAAUAGAAAUUCACAUUUGCAACUGUUGGACUAAUGAUUACAACCCUAGAUCAGCUAGAUGCAGGCAAGAGUGGUAUUGAAUGUGUCACUGUCUGUCACCUUGAUUACACAAUUCUAAUGACCUGUGCACCUACGUUGUAAACUUUCAUUCAUAGGCUAGGUUGUAGCAACCUCAUGAUGGGUAUAGGAAAAAUUUGAGUAUCAUGUAGUAGCCUAAACCUAUCGCUGUUACAUUGAGCUGGGUGAAUGGAAUAUGAAUGACAGUCAUCCAAUAUGCUGUAAUAGAAAAAGGCCAUGCUCAUAAAAAAGAAAGCAUCCUCCCUCAUCUUAAAUGGCACCGACUGCCACUGAACCCAGCCCCCAUGCUUAGAGCAUUUGGAAAAGCACAGUAUGUCCAAUCCAUUAUGUUAUAACUGUAUUAAUACCAGUUCAGUUCUGCUGUGAGUGUUAGGAAGAAGUGGUUACUAGUGUUUGAUGGGAACACCUGAUUUGAGCAAUGUGGGAUGGGCACAUGAUAGGCCUAACUUCCCUUCACUAUUCCAAUCAGGGGAGAAAUCUUAAACUUUCAAAACCUCACUUUACUCCCAUUUAGAUAUUUGAAUGAUAGACCGCAGAAGUGUAGGGGAUGUUUUCUCUUUUCAAGGGAAGGCCUUCAGUCCAAGAUGGGAUGUCUUUAUAUCCUACUACACUGAGUAGUAUAUAGGGGAACACAUGAACUUAAUUAGAUUAAUGUUUCUCAAAUGCUUCAAAUUAAUUGUAUGUCCUUUCUCUCACUCCUUCUUGUAGACCGUCUAUAAAUCUGUGUUUACUGGUGUCAGAGACACAGGAUAAAGCCAGAUCAUGACGUCAGAAAGAAGCAGCAAAGCCCUGAAGGUAGAAUUGCAAUACAUUUAUGAUAACGUUUGGAGUUGAUUUGAUUUUAAAGUGCAUUUUACACGCACGUCACAGCACUUUCUAAAAAAUUAUACAACUCUCCAUCCUCUCCAGGUAAAGCGGGAGUGUGGUGAGAACGUUCCGGUGUUGUCGGACAGUGAGCUUAUGUCCCUGUCUGUACGGGAGCUCAACCUGCACCUGCGGGGUCUGUCCCGCGAAGAGGUCCAGAAGCUCAAGCAGCGCCGGCGCACCCUGAAGAACCGCGGCUACGCCGCCAGCUGCCGGGUGAAGCGCGUGUCCCAGCGCGAGGCCCUGGAGCAGCAGAAGAAGGAGCUCCAGAGGGAGGUGGAGAGGCUGGGGGUGGAGAACGCAGGGAUGAGGAGAGAGCUGGAGGGCCUGGGGGCCAGGCUGGCAGCCCUGCAGAGGUUCGCCCGUGGGUUAGAGUCUGGAGGGGGCAACCUCCUGGCUACAGCCCCACGCCUCAACACAGCCUCGGUCAUUACCAUAGUGAAGACCCCGCCACAGGCCCACGUCCAGAGAGAGCAGGGAGGGUCCUAGGAGGAACCGACCGGGCUGGGGAGGGACAAACGCACGUACAUACACUCUCAUAUACACACACACACAGGUAGACACAUGCACGCAUGAAGAGAGCGGGAGGAUUGGAGGAACACCGACAAAUGGGCACUUAUGAAACUCAUGCGCUUAGGAUGAUACACACACACACACACAAACAUAAGGUGUUCACAGUCAGUGAUAAAUACUCUCUAAACCCAGCCAACCCACACUCAGACAGGCGUGGACUUGAGGAAACACGGCGGUUGACGAAUCCGACUAAAGCACGACAGACGUGCAAAACAGGGACACAGACACCAUCCGUCGACAAAGCCAGUCUUGCUGCUGGUGCUCUCUGAUACUGCUAUUCAACAGGCUGAGCCAGCUAGCGCUCUGCCUUCUAGCAUGGCUUCUAGCCCUGCUACACAAUGCCUGGGUUAAUCAGACUCUUCCGCAGCUUCUUCCAAUGCAAGCUUUGAGUUUUUAAAUGGCAUCACAAUUGACAUCUGUACACGUCUUGGAGUGUUGUUCCUCUGUACUGUGUGUGUCGAUACUAUUGUGCUUCACUGUGCUGCCGUGUGUCGUGGCUACAUGGGUGUUUUCAACUGUACCACAGUGCACAUUUUGGUUUGCUAUAUAAAAAAAAAUCCAAUAACCAUCCUUUGCUUGUAUCUAGAUUCCCCAACUUGCAGAAGUUGGUCAUUGCUGGACACAGUGGGAAAAUCCACAUCUCGUAGAAUGCCAUGUCAAUGUGGAAAUCUAUUGAUGCAUUCCAUUAUGUUAUUUUGUAAUGUUUAUACAAGAGACAAAAAUGUUUGAGCAAACGUUUAUUCAGAGGUAUUCUAUUUUAUUUGUAUUUAAAGAAUAGAUAUUACAAAAGCUAAUGAGUGCUGUGAUGUAAUGUAUGUUUCAAAUACCUGGAUAUGACUAGUUUGGGGAAAUUCUCAAGUCUAAUUGUUGUACGGAGUGUGUGACGAUUAUUUUUGUAAUGUUUAACUGUCGUAAUGAGCUGUUUAGAUAUGCUAAAAGCCGAUGUUCAUGUUGCUGUAAGAUGAUUUUAGUAUGUGUGUACACCAUAUUUGUACUAAUUUCAUAGUGAGUCGAGUGGCUUGUUGUAGGAAUAUUAUUUUUCUAUAAAGUACCAAGGUGAUUCCGAUGAUACGUAUUGUUAUUUAUGAUCAAAUUAUUUUACGUUUUGUUUUCUGAGAUGGCACGAGAGGGAGACAACACUGUAAGGAGAAAUAAUGAAGGCAAAGAAUGAGAGGAAAAAGAGAUGGAUAUGAAGAAAAGAUGUGGUGGUGGUGGAAGAGAGGAUUUGGGAGGUGAAUGAGGGCAAAGAAAGCGAAGAGGACAGACAGGUGGUGCUUUGUAACACCCAUGACUUAUCAAUAAACCCCCGCUGACUCCACUAGAUAUACCUUUACACAUUAUAUUGUGUUGAUGAAUACUCCCUUAAGAUAUAUUUAGCUAUCUUCUCAAUAUCAAUGUUGCAUAGCAUUUAUCCUCAGUAAUAGGUCUCAUCUAAGAUUAUUAAUGUCAAAUUGUGCUGGAUGUUUUGUUAUACCGCAAAACUAAAAUGGUCUGUAUUUAUUACAUGUAUUUUUUCUAUGGUGAAAAUUAAGUACAUUGUCUAUUUUAUAUAUUAAUAAUUGAAAUAAAUGUUGUAUAUAUUGUGAAUACA